UUCUGCAAUCUGUGAAGCUGCAAACAAAAUCUUAGGGUUUUCAUUUCUAGCUUCAGAAAAAAAGAAAGAGAAAAUGGGAGUCUUCACAUUUGUUUGCAAGAGUUCAGGUGGAAAAUGGAGUGCAAAGCAGUUCGAAGGUGAUGUUGAAGCAUCAGCUGAUUGUGCUUAUGAUUUGGAGAGGAAAUUGGUUCAGGAAGUUCUUUCUCGUGAUUCUUCUGGUGCCGUUCAAUCCAACUUCUCUUUGGUUACUCCUACUUCUGGUGUCUUCCAGGUUGUUAUUGGUGGAGCAAGUGCUGGCUCUUUUGUUGCAAGCUCUGGUGGUGGUGCAGCAGCAAGCUCUGGUGGUGCAGCAGCUGCUGAAGCACCUGCAGCUGAGGAGAAGAAGGAGGAGAAAGAGGAGAGCGAUGAUGACAUGGGAUUCUCUCUCUUUGAUUAGACAACCCUUGUUACUGGAAUUAUUGGAGGUUAUGACAAUUCGUCCUUAGUUGUAACUUGUGAUCUGCAGACAGGAUUUUUGUAAAACUAGGUUGUUUACGUUAUAUGUGAUGUUUGAUGGGAUUUUGUGUUAAUUGUUGGACAAAUUAUGAUUUGUGGUGUGUUCAUUCGCCGCAAUGAGAUUUAUCUUGCAGUUAGGACUACUACUAGUCUAUGGAAACUUAUUCAACUCUUAUUUUCUCUCAUUAUGAUAUGGAUCACAAUGCAGUUUAGCUAUUCCUUGGCUUUACAAUAGGAUUUCAUUUUACUCUCAUAAAUGAAGGAUCAGCAAUUUCUGCAA